GUCAGCCCCCACAUUCUUGGUUUAGAACCCUCUAUCUUCCACUCCUACUUUAAGUUAUCAAGAAACAAAUGAUUUGUCACACGCACACACCCCCUUUUUUUCCAUGGCUAUCAUCACCACCAUAUGCUCAUCAUCCACAACCAUUUUCUCAGCUAUCCCAUCUCUCAAACAUCCUCUCUCUCAUCAAUCACCACCACCAACCUCUUCUCCUCCCUCCUUUAAGCUUGGUGUAUCUUCAAUCUCCAAUGAAGCAGCACUCGACAUUGGAAAUGCAACCGAGGCUGUGGCAUUGAGUUCUUGGACUGGAGGGGAGGUUUUGUUUGAUGGAGAAAGCGAUAAUGGUGGUCUAAAAGCGAGGAGGAAGAGGAGGAGGAAAAGAAGAAAAGGGCUUGCUCAGUCUUUGGUUGUAGAUGAUGGGGAGAGGGAUGUUGGUCAUGAAUACAAGAGAGUGAUUCUUGAGUCUGUGAAGAGAGGGUACUUGAGCCCAAAAGAGGAAGCAGAGUUUUCUAUGUGUCUCAAGCAUGAAGCAAGAAUAGAAGCAGCAAGAAGAAGAAUUGGAGAAGUUCAAGAGCUUGAUCCAACCUCAAAGCAGUUGGCCAAGGCCCUACGGAUGGAAAAGAAUAGUGUAGAUAACGUAUUGUGUAAGGGAAGAGAAUCACGAGAAAAGAUAAUUCGCAGCUACCGCAGGCUUGUUGUCUCCAUUGCCACAAGUUAUCAAGACAAAGGAUUGAGCCUACAAGACCUUAUUCAGGAAGGGAGCAUUGGCCUUCUUCGAGGGGCAGAGAGAUUUGAUCCACAGAGAGGAUAUAAGCUAUCAACAUAUGUUUACUGGUGGAUUAAAGAAGCCAUCCUUACAGCGAUAUCAAACAACACUAGAAUGGUUAGAUUACCGAGAAGAUGGUGGAUGCUGGUGGCAAAAAUUGCAGGAGCUAACAAUGAUUUGAGUAACAAAUUAAGGCGGUCACCAUCCUAUGAUGAGAUUGCCAAAGUGCUCAACAUGAAAGUUUCCACGGUGAGGCUUGGUUUUGAGAGGGGUAGAUCCCCAAUUUCAUUGGAUCAAGCUGUAUUGGGUCAAAAUAGCUUGACACUCCAGGAGAUCAUACCAGGGCCGGAUGAAACAAUACCAGAAAACAUGGUUAAAAGAGAGUUGUUGAAGCAAGAGCUGGAGAAACUAUUCCAGACAGUACUUACAGAAAGAGAAGCACAUAUAUUGAGAUUACACUUCGGGCUAAAUGGACAGACGCCGCAGUCCUGUGAGGAAAUAGGAAGACUAGUGAAGCUGUCCAGGGAGAGGGUUCGACAGAUUAUUGGCACUGCACUAUCAAAAUUAAGACAUAAAGAAAUAGUGGAACCUUUGAAGGCAUACGCUGUAUAGAAGACUCCAUUUUUCAAAAGUACAACCUGUGAAGAUAAAUUUGAAAGAGCAAAGGCAGAAAGAUUUGUGCAUUUUUUUCCAUUUAAUAAAUAUUUAAGCAAAUAUCUGCUAGGAACGAGACAUAUGACUGUUCAUAUUCUUUCAAUAAUAUGAUCAUUUACCAUUAGAGAUGAAAUGUAACUGUGUAUCAUGUCGACUGUCUCAUAUAUGGGAGAUUAAGCUGGAUUUCCUCC